CAGUAGAGAAGGUUCUCUUUUACCCACUACAUUUUUCUCCUUUCAACAUUCGGAAAAGGCUGCUGUCAUCCAGUGACUGGUGGAAACCCAUUUAGGAACGUGGAAUUCACAAAGGCAGAGCGGGCGGGGUCAGGCCGGACCUCCCGCCGCGCCCGUGCCUUCUGCAAACCCCGGCGGGGCUGAGACUGCGCCUCCCGGCGCGACGGGUGCGGGAACCGGUGCGGGGCAGUGGUGGCCCGCCGCCCCUCCGUGGGCCGGGCGGAGCGGGCCGCCCUCACCGGCAUUUGUAGCCGUCGCGGCCAUUUUGGCUGAGGGCUCGAGGACAAAGCCACCUGGAGACCCCGGGGGAGGCGUCAUCUGGGCACGGUUGCGUAGGAGCAACGUUCGCGCGGCGCGUUGCCGCCAUUUCUUUCCGAGGGUCUGUGUCCCUUCGGCUGGCAGCUCUUGGUCGUUGGCCAGCGGGGUGGGCCCUCGAGGGGCCGGCUGUCGCGCUCCCGGCCUUCCGGCCCGCACCCCGGCCCGGAGGCUGCUUCUGGCGCGGGAGGCUCCCCGGACCCCGGCCCGGCACUUUCCAUGGCGCCGCCUCCGGCCCCGCUCCCCGUGGGGGAACCGGACGCGGCCGGGCGCGAGCGGAGGAGGCCGGGAGCCGUGUGCUUCGCGGACGUGGCCGUGUACUUCUCCCCGGAGGAGUGGGGGUGUCUGCGGCCCGCGCAGCGGGCCCUGUACCGGGACGUGAUGCGGGAGACCUACGGCCACCUGGGCGCGCUCGGGUUCCGAGGCACCAAGCCAGCCCUCAUCUCCUGGGUGGAGGAAGAGGCCGACCUGUGGGGCCCGGAUGCCCGGGAUCCGGAGGUGGGAGAGUGUCUGACGGCAGCAGACACAGAUUCCAGAAACAAGGAAGAGAAAGGACAAAGAGAAGGGACUGAGGCACUAGAGAAGAUCCUCUCUGCGGAAGCUCGGCCUGCUGGGCUGACGACUCUGAAACACCCUUCUGCUGGGCUCCCUUAUGGCUUGGAGCAGCCAUCCAAGGCACCUCGCCGGGGUCGCCCCCCACUCUGUGCCCAUCCCCCUGUCCCGAGGGCAGAUCAGCGUCAUGGCUGCUACAUGUGUGGGAAGAGUUUCGCCUGGCGCUCUACCCUGGUGGAGCACCUGUACACCCACACGGGUGAGAAGCCCUUCUGCUGCCCUGACUGCGGCAAGGGCUUUAGCCAGGCCUCCUCUCUGAGCAAGCACCGGGCCAUCCACCGUGGGGAGCGGCCCCACCGCUGCCUGGACUGUGGCCGGGCUUUCACCCAGCGCUCUGCCCUCACCACUCACCUUCGGGUCCACACAGGCGAGAAGCCCUACCGCUGUGCCGACUGCGGCCGCUGCUUUAGCCAGAGCUCUGCCCUCUACCAGCACCAGCGGGUCCACAGUGGCGAGACUCCCUUCCCCUGCGCGGACUGUGGCCGUGCCUUUGCCCACGCGUCAGACCUUCGGCGCCACGUGCGCACCCAUACGGGCGAGAAGCCCUACCCGUGCCCAGACUGUGGGCGCUGCUUCCGACAGAGCUCCGAAAUGGCAGCCCAUCGGCGUACCCACAGUGGUGAACGCCCCUACCCCUGUCCUCAGUGUGGCAGGUGCUUUGGCCAGAAGUCCGCCAUGGCCAAGCACCAGUGGGUCCACAGGCCUGGUGCUGGAGGGCACAGGGGCCGGAGUGCCGGCGGGUUGCCUGUGCCCUUGGCCCCUGGCCAAGGGGAGCUGGACCCACCUGUGGGCUUCCAGCACUACCCGGAAAUAUUCCAGGAGUGUGGGUGAUGGUGAUGGUCUGUAAGAAGGCAAGGCAAAGGGUGAAGGUCUAGGCAUUGCCUGAGGCCCAGGCUUAGCUCAGGGGCUUGAACCUCUGUGGCAGCUCCAGGGAGGUCACAGAAUUCUGGACAAGAGGUGGACCUGGGGGACGAGGACCAUCUUAUCUUAGGCCUUCACAAGCUUGAUCUGUUGACACCUUGCUCCCAGAUUCUAGAAGCCCCCUUUGCUGAGUUAGGGCUGAGGUAAGCACUUCUACAAGACAUCCACUGUGGGGGAAGAAAAGGCCCGUUUCUCAGCCUAGAUGUGUCAAGAGGAUUGAGGUAGAAGAGAACUUUAUUCUACCCGUUGUCUUUUUACUGCAGGGCUUAAAAACUGAUGGCCGUGUACUGAAUCUGGCUCGCAGCAACAUUUAAAACGUUACUUUUGGCCCAACCAACAUUUUCAAGUGUCCCAAAUUCUUGGUUAAGAUUUAAAAGGAUGUUGCACGCAAAAAUUCAGGUUUCUGGACUCUUAUGAAAAAUCCAAAGAUUUGGCAACUUGACCUGCGCUCCCACGAAACCUCAAUUGGCAGGAGCCUAGGAGCAGCUGUCCAGCAUGCCCACCACUCCAUGUCACCUCCUGACUAGCAUCAGCUGGCACUUGUCAUUACUUGUCCAUGCCCCUGGGUAAAGCAGGCCCUCUUUAUCUGGCAUUUCCCCCUCAUUUUACAUGACCUCUUGGUUUCCUCUAGUCAUUUGAGUUUGCAAACCGGUGCACAGCAUUCAUGUUCUCCUGAAUCAGGGAUUCAGGUAGCAUGUAUGUGAAAGGGUGGCAGGAGAGAAGUAAAAGCAGGCUUUAUUUCAGAUGUUUGCUGUAUCACAUUCUCUGAUUUACAAAGUACUGUCUUGUCCAUCAACUCAUUUUGUCCUCAUAACCACCCGAGGAAGGAACCAUCUUGCUAGGGAAGGACAGUCCAGUCAGGAAGAGGCUGUCAGGAUUGUAUAUUUUGCCCCAGACCGAGUGGUAUCUCUGUCAGGCCACAGUAUGACUCUCAGCUGACCGGCAGUUCCUGUGUUUGAAGAGGAAGGCUCUGAAUGUGCCCUCCAGUCUUUCUCGGGCCACCCUGGAAGAGCCCUUUUGCUCAGGCUUUAAGCCACCCUCGAGCCAGCGAGGAGGGCCUCGUCAUCUUUUUGAACUGGAAGGGAUCUUGGCUUUUCCAUCCUUUUUUCAUCUGGGGACUCUGAGACUGGGGGAGGCCAAACAACCUGUCCAAGGUCACAUACAGAGUGAUAUUCCAGGGUUCUUGGUCUACAGCUGUCUUGACCACAGCACUCCUGAGUUCCUUGCCAGUGUCUCAGCCAAGGUUCUGGAGGCAUCUGCUCACUCCCUAUAAUGGCUCCCAAGCAAUGACCUGGACUAGGGACAGGAACCCAGUAUCGGUGAAGCCCAGGCACAAGAUGACUGACAAAAUACACGUAGCAGAGCAAGGCAAGAGAGAAACCAGCCCAAGAUGAGAGUUCUAGGGCAAACAGAAGCAAAGCUUGCCUCUUCUCUUUUUUAAGUACUGCCCAUCAUGAACAAAGGGGUCAGGCCAGGAACAUGUGGGAUUAGCAGCCAAGAGAACCGUGCUCAUCUUUAUUCCCAAGUGUAUCACCUGUGACUCCAUUAUCCAUCUACUACCAGUUCCUCUGUGGUCAAGUCCAGCCUUGCCCAGGUGAUGAAGCAGCCAGCCAGGAGCGGACCCGUUCCUGCCUCUGGCCAGGAUGACCCUUCACCUUCACCUCAAGGAGUAAUACCAGGGUCUUGUGUCUUCUGCUAGCCUGUAUGCACUUGCUUUCUUCACCCAACUCAGCCCCAGUCGUGUCUGGCCUACGUUAGGAAGAAACCAGAUUUGUUGUAAAGGAAGAGGUAGAAAAUUUGGUGAAAAGACACUGUUCAGGUGAAGUCAUCAACCGACUUGAUUCCAACUAAAUCUUCAAAUCGGACCCCACCAAGACCUGACUUACCCUAAAUUUUACUGGGAGGAUUGGCUCAUGCGCCACCUUGUCACAAGGGGGACGUGAAGUGAAAAGAGCACCUUGGCAACAGGAGCUACAUUUGUAUCAGCUUUUAAUUCCCUAGAGAAGCCAGUGUACAACCCUUCCCUUGCCUAAACCCUCAGCACUGCCUGGGGAAAGCCCAGCCUGCAACACCAGUUGUCAGCUCAGCUUCAAAGCCAGAUCUGGACCCUGCCGCAGCUUACCAAUUAAAGGUACCAUAAUUGCUA